AGGUAAAAAUACAUAUGACAGAUUUACAGAUAAAAUGUAAGUGAAGUUUUUAUUACAUUUACAAGUACUUAUUUUAAAACAGUAACUUGCUCCAAAAUUGCCUUUUUUCAGGAGGCCUUUACUUAUCCCGGAAAAGUGCAUAUGUUGUUUAAUUCCUUAAAAAGAAGCAGCCAUUGCCCCCAAAUAUUUCAUACUCAUAUCAUAAUCAUGAGAGACUUUGCUCUAACAAUUUUUUUAUUUUCCCCCUAUGGUUUUAAUAAAGUGCAAUCAGAUAAACAUUGAAUACUAGGCUUGUCAUCUUUUUUUUUUCUUCAAACCUUGACGCUUUUCUCACAGCCAUUCUUUUCUCCCCUUUUUCUCUAUCUCUCUCUACUGUGCCUGAUGUUGUCCCAUGUCUUUCCCCAUCUCUUUUCUGUCAAUGUGACUUCCUGCUUUUCUGUAGACCUGUCCGUCAGCCUCCUUGCAGUGAUAGUUAUUGUGUGUGGCCUGGCCCUGGUGGCAGUUUUUCUCUUUCUCUUUUGGAAGCUGUGGUGGGUGCCCUGGAGAAACAAGGCAGUACUUUCUAACCCCGCUGCAACGCAGAACGCCUCUUCUGUAACUGGAAUCAACUGUGAAGCCAUGGCGGACAAGCUGAAAGAUGCCAGCAACCUGGGAUUUCUGGAAGCAGCGGUUAAAAUUAGUCAUACAUCUCCAGAUAUACCAGCUGAGGUCCAGAUGUCCAUGAAGGAACAUCUCAUGCGACGAACAAGGAUACAGAGGCAAACAACUGAGCCUGCAUCCUCCACCAGGCAUAUCUCAUUUAAAAGGCAUUUAAACCGUCAAAUGCAGGUAUGCAGUGUUGAUUUUGGAACAGAAACCUUGCAAGUAACUGAACAACCAACCAGCAUAGGUAGGAUUAAACCUGAGCUAUACAAACAAAAAUCAGUAGACUUUGAAGACAUAAAGAAAGAUGAUGCCAAGACCUGUGGGAAAAUCAAUUUCACCUUAAAGUAUGAUUAUGAAAACGAGACUUUAAUAGUUCGAAUACUUAAAGCCUUUGAUCUUCCAGCCAAGGACUUUUGUGGAAGUUCUGAUCCUUAUGUGAAGAUUUAUCUUUUGCCUGACCGGAAAAGUAAAUUCCAAACAAGAGUUCAUAGAAAGACGCUUAACCCAACAUUUGACGAAUCAUUUAAUUUUCCUGUCCCAUAUGAUGAUCUUCCCAACAGAAAACUCCACCUCAGUGUCUUUGACUUUGAUAGGUUUACAAGGCAUGACAUGAUAGGAGAAGUUAUUUUAGAAAACCUUUUUGAGGAGUCGGACCUUUCAAGGGAAUCAUCCAUCUGGAAGGAUAUUCAGUAUGCAACAACGGAGAGUGUCGACCUUGGAGAAAUCAUGUUCUCUCUCUGUUACCUGCCUACUGCUGGACGACUGACCUUAACCGUAAUUAAAUGUAGGAAUCUCAAAGCAAUGGACAUCACUGGUUACUCGGAUCCAUAUGUCAAAGUGUCUCUUUUAUGUGAUGGAAGGAGGCUGAAAAAGAAGAAAACCACCAUUAAGAAGAACACUCUGAAUCCUACUUACAAUGAGGCUAUUAUUUUUGAUAUCCCUCCUGAAAACAUGGACCAAGUUAGCCUACUUAUUUCUGUAAUGGAUUAUGAUCGCGUCGGACACAAUGAGAUAAUUGGUGUGUGCCGAGUGGGUAAUAGCACAGAAGGACUUGGAAGAGACCACUGGAAUGAAAUGUUGGCAUAUCCACGAAAACCUAUAACACACUGGCAUUCAUUAGUGGAAAUGAAAAAGUCUUUCAAAGAGUGGCAAGCUCAUGCAGCAAGUUUUGACAGCCAGGGAUCCUGCCCUUCACCGAAGCCACCACCAACUCCUUGAACUUCACCCAAGCUUUCCUUACAAAGUGAUCUGUUAAGGACAACUGCAGAAGUGGUUUUCAGAAAAGCAAAUCAUAAAAAGGAAGAAAUCACAUAAAAUUUUACAUAAACGAAGACAGAAAUAGAAAAUUUAUCAGUGGUUUGGUGGUUUGUGUCUUCGUCUAUUGUCUCCUGAGAUAUCAUAUUGUAAUUUGGUGGUGUUUCCCUGGUUGAGACCUAAAAACUGGAGAAAAAAAAUUAUGUAAAAAAAAAAAAAGCUGUUUUGUGGACAAUGAAUGUACAAAGUGUUUUCACCUAGAGAACAAGUGCACCAACUGGUAAUUGUUGGCACCACUAUUAUGGGUUUUCUAAAGGUCAGUGCUCAAAAAGACUCACUGAGACCCUGUAUGAAUUUCUAUGCUGUACUAAAUUUUUGGACUCCUUGUAUGUAAUUUAUAUGUGCUAUAAGACUACUAUCAUUUUGUGUUGUCUUUGAUAUUAUGUUGUGUAAAACCUCAAAAAUGGCUCACAUGCUUUUACAUUAUUGGCAUUGUUUAUUGCCAUUGAUUGGCGUUGAGAGCUGUUUUGCUCUGACAUACUUAUAUGUACUUGUAUGACUUUUAUAUUACUGUGUGGGGUUUCCAUACAGAGAUUUGGUGCAUGGAAAUGCAAUAUUUUCAUUAUGAUCUAUAUGAGGCCGAUCUGCUACACUUUGCGGAUCCCUAAACAGUACUCAGGAAGUUAAACAGACACAGUGAAAAAAGAUGUGAUGUUCUAGUGUCAGGACUACUACUAUGCUUGCAAAAAUGUGUGAACUGGCCCUUCAGUCUUCUAAGAAUUACCCAUUCAAAAAAUAGCACAGAUCCAUUCAUAGUUAUAUAUGAUAUAGGAGUAAUACAAAAAAUCUAAAUAAUAGCCAUUAUUUUAUAUGAAAGCAUAUCACUGCCCAUUAAUCAAGCAGUAUAUUAUCUGCAAGGAGUUUGUUCUACCCAUGCUUCCCUGCUUGUGCUGGCUUCCUCUGGGUACUCUUGUUUUACCAUCACACACAAAAAACAAUUGAUUUCUAGUAAAACUGUAGUAUCUGUUACCUUAGCUUAUAAACUACAGUGGGGCAGGAACUGCAAAGGUGGUGCAAUCUCUAUAAAUUCUGCAAAACCUGUGUGUGCUAAAAAAAAUUAAGGUAAAAAAUAAUAACUAAAAAGUCAUAAUAAAAGGCAGAAGCGUGGUAUAUAUUAAUACGUUUAGGACUAGGUGAGUUGGACAUAAUUUGUUUUAUUCAAAGGACAUGUAAACCCCUCACACAAAAAUGUAAUCACUGAAGUCUCUAAAUACCUGCCACUCUGGCUGUUCAAAGGUAAAUAGUAAGGCUGCAGCAUCCCCUUAAUCAAUUAGAAUUUCUUCUGCUCCUUUAACCGAGUCAGCCCCCUCCCUCGGGAAUUUCCUUCUGGUUUUUGGCUACUGAGCAUGCUCAGUUCUUCUCAAAUCAGAUUACUAAACACACCAUCCAGUAUAGGAGCCAAUAAAGAGAUGGCAUUGCUGGUUCCCAUAAAAACUCUACUCUAGCUGUCUGCACCUAUUUUUAAAUCCUAACCCCCUCUCCUGAGCUCAGAGUAACCAUUACAGUGCUCAAUCCAAGCAGGACUCGUCUUCAUAGUAAAUUCUGCCUGUGUUAGCCUGCAUUCUUCAGUUGCAUAAACUUUACAUCUCAUACAUGCUGUUUGCAGAUAUAAAUGCACUGAUGAUGAUGUGUCAGAGGAAAAAUGGCUCCCAGGUGAAAGCUGCUAUUUGUUUUAGGGAAAUGUAAUGACACUGGCAAACAGAGGGGAUGUAUGCACUAUAAAUAAUGCCAUUUGGGUGGGGGAGAUGUGCCCAAAUUAUAUACAUGGUAGGAAAAUGUAGGAUUUACAUGUCUUUUAAGGGAUAACUUUGUUUGUAUUAAUACAGUGACAUCAGCUUUCAAAUACAAAUAUUGCAUAGUAACAAUAAUUUAUGUUGCUAAUUAGCAUCAUAUUUACUAUUCCCAUCUCUAAAAAUGUGUACAGGAGACAUGUAUUUGUUACGCUAUUAUGAUGACUUUUUGCCAUUAGCAGAACCCCUAAUACGAUUUUCAAGAUAUAUCAUACUCUGGCUCUUUAAGAACUCAAAUUUGACAAUUCGCCACCCAAAACAUGCCAAAUUGCUGUUUAAGU